ACCGGGGCCGCGUCACAUGAUCCAGGGGAGGGGUCAUGUGAUUCCCCCUGAGCCGGCAGGUUUCGGGGCGCGCGCGGGGCUCCCGCCGGGGCGCUGUUGCCAUGGGAACGCGGCCCGCCUGCCUGCCCGCGCUGCUGCUGCUGCUCCUGCCCGCGCCGGCCCACAGCGCCCGCGACCCCGGCUUUCAGGAGCGGUACUUCGAGCAGGUCUUGGAUCACUUCAGCUUCCAGACCUACCGCAACAGGACCUUCUUCCAGCGAUACCUUGCCGCAGAGAAAUUCUGGAACAAGGAAGUUGGCCCGAUGUUCUUUUAUACUGGGAAUGAGGGAGACAUCUGGGAAUUUGCUCAGAAUUCUGGGUUCAUCCUUGAGCUGGCAGAACAGCAGCAUGCACUGGUGAUCUUUGCAGAGCAUAGAUAUUAUGGGAAGUCUCUUCCAUUUGGGAUCUCAUCAACAAUUCAGAAGAAUAUUGGCCUGCUCACUGUGGAACAAGCCUUGGCUGACUAUGCGGUGCUUAUUACAGAGCUGAAACAUCAGUACAAUGCCAGGGACUGCCCAGUCAUUGUUUUCGGAGGCAGUUAUGGAGGCAUGUUGAGCGCUUACAUGAGAAUGAAAUAUCCCAAUGUUGUGGCUGGAGCAUUAGCAGCCAGCGCACCUUUGUUGGCUGUGGCUGGGCUUGGAGACCCCACCCAGUUCUUUAAAGACGUCACUGCAGAUUUCAGGAAGUCCAGCCUGGAUUGUGUCAAAGCUGUGCGUGAAGCUUUCCAGCAAAUCAACAACCUGUACUUGAGUGAAGCCUAUGAUAAAAUCAGCAGUGAAAUGUCCACUUGCAAGAAAGUUUCGAACAAGAAUGAUGUCUACCAGCUAUUUGAGUUUGCUAGAAAUGCCUUCACUGUGAUGGCAAUGAUGGACUAUCCGUACAAAACAGACUUCAUGGGCCACUUCCCUGCUAACCCAGUAAAGGUUGGCUGUGACCAGAUCCUCGCACUUCAGGACCCUAUUAGAGGUCUGGCUGCCCUUGUUGGUGUGUUCUACAACUCAAGUGGGAAAGCAUCAUGUUACGACAUCUACAGCCAGUACAGAAAAUGUGCUGACCCAACAGGCUGUGGCACCGGCUCAGAUGCUGAGGCAUGGGACUAUCAGGCCUGCACCGAGAUCAACUUAACUUUCAGCAGCAAUAACGUGACUGACAUGUUCCCUGAGAUCCCCUUCACUGACACCAUGAGACAGAAGUACUGCUACAACAAAUGGCUUGUGCAACCACGAAAGCAUUGGCUGCAGAUCAGCUUUUGGGGCAGUGACCUGAAAGCAGCAAGCAACAUCAUAUUUUCAAAUGGAGACUUGGAUCCGUGGGCCGGAGGUGGUAUACGCAGUAACCUGAGUUCAUCACUAAUUGCAAUAACCAUUGAGGGAGGUGCUCAUCAUCUGGAUCUCCGAGGAUAUAAUCCAGCUGAUCCUCCAUCUGUCACAGAGGCACGCAAGCUAGAAGCAAGGAUUAUCCAUGACUGGGUGAAAUCUGCAAGGAUCGAGAAAGCUUGGGAGAAAUUUUCUGGAGUUUCUUCUAGUUUGUUGCCAUGAAAAUAGCCAUGCAGUCUUCAGNAGGAAUGCUGUGCUGUUAGUGUUUGUACCAGAAAGCAUAAAGGGCAGUAGCAGCCUUUUGCACUAAACUUGAACCCAAUCAUUUGAGGAAAAAUAGUCAGUUUAGGUGGUUCUGCCAAGGCAAUGGAAAUUGAUCUUAUAGCUUCCUACCCUGAGUCAAUCAAGAAAGCCAUUAAGCCAAAUCCUGCGGCAGGCCACAACAGCACUUUGUAUGGGUCACAUAUUGCAUCAGAUUAAUUCUAAAUGAGAAGGACAGAAUAAAAAGCUGGUGUAAAACUAGCAUACUAUUCAACAAGAACUGGGCCAUACUUCAACAACAUGCUUUCCAGAACGUUGGAGGAAAGGCUGUGGCCCUUCCAUAAACACCAAGUAUUAUCAUUGUAAUGCUCCUCACAUAAAAAUCAUCACUGUGACAAUUAUAAGAUAGUUGUAGCCCCUGCCUUCUUUCAGCUCAAAACAGAGCAUGUAUCUUCAAAAUAAGUAGGUGGUACCUGAUGACUGGGAGAAGUCGAGUGGUGAUUGCUAAUUGUAAUGAUCGGUUAUGGGAAUUGGCUGAAGAGACUAGUUUAUCCAAAAUAAUUAAUUGUCAGUGACUGUUCCAAGACUUAAAAACCUUAGUAAUGGUCAGCUGCAUAGUAGAGAUCAGAUUUUGGUGAGCAAGUGGCCUGCAUACAGUAAUGCCAAAGGGAACUGCUAAUAUACAGGGAUUGCAAUAUUAUCGAGUAAUAAAUCACACUUCCAAUUAAAACAGCUCCACUCUUUUUUUAAAUAAAUUAUAAGUUUAUUAAACUGUGUGAUAGAAUUCCAUGGUUUGGCUUUAAGUAUAACCAAAGGGGAUACAAAAAGGAUCUCUCUCUCACCUUUCUAAAAAGGUGAAGCAAAUUCAUCUUUGUACAUUAACAAGUGGACUCUUACCUACUGGAAUCACUGUACCAAUAAAUACUAGCAAGACUGCAAAAAUCUUACUACUUAGUAAUCAGUUAUAUGCCUUAAAAUAAAUUGUAUCCAUUGAUAAAGAUUACACAGGCCAGGAAAAGCCUUGUAGGGCAUUCCAGGCUCAUGUUACUAGGUAGGCAAAGUACAGCCCUGGUUCAGUUUCUAAUACGUUGUUCAAAAUAAGAUUUGGUGUUAAUAUGUGCAUUGGUAAGUCCUACCAACACUCCCUAUUUGGUUCACAUGGAUCCUAGGCCAAACCUUGAUGUUGUUUCACAUGAUCUGAAGUAGACUCUCCAUGCAAAGAGAAGUUUCUCCACAUACAAAUCCAACUAACUCCUCCUUACUCCUAAGCAAAGCUAAAGCUUCCCAGUUUCAAGCAACUAAGCUUUUCCCAUUGCUCCCAGACUUUAUAGUACCUUUGAAAAGGAAGAGUAGACAGAAUUACUUCAGGACAUCUGAAGCAUUACAAAAGUGGCAUGAAUGGAAGACCUGGUUGGCCAAAUGGCAGUUUCAAACAACUAAGAGUUAUAUAGAGACCAUCUGAAAAUGUCUUUGCUGUGCAAGAGCUUCUGAACACCAGUCCUCAGCUCUUUCAAAUACAGUAUGCCAUAGCUUAAUAUAACAGGAAAACCUUGGUCUCUCCUAUGACGGAGCCUGAUUGCACUGAAGUUUGGGUUUUGUCCCAGUUGCACCUGCUACAUGUAUUGCCUUGCCAUUCCCAACCCUAGUUAUGAGCUCAAACCUAAUAUUCAUGCUUUGAAGCCUAGAAUCCCACUACACUCAGAGUUUGGACGUGACGACUGGUAGGGUUUGGUGCCUCAUAAAUCUAGGGAAGAGAUGCCAGAUGCCUCAGCCUAGAAAGAAAAGGAAAGGGAUAAAAAAAAAAAAGCCACCCCCUGAUUUGGGGAACUCCUUCUAAUUUCCAGGCUAAAUAAAAAGUACAUGCCUCAUGGCAA